UGCUGUGAGUAAUACGAGCGACCUCUCCACGGUCGUUUACAGAUUAAAAUGGAGGAAAUUUCGUUGGCUAACCUGGAUACUAACAAGCUAGAGGCCAUCGCUCAGGAGAUAUACGUAGACCUGAUAGAGGAUUCUUGUUUGGGCUUCUGCUUUGAGGUGCACCGGGCAGUCAAGUGUGGCUACUUCUACCUGGAGUUCGCGGACACUGGUAGUGUGAAGGAUUUUGGCAUUCAACCAGUGGAAGAUAAAGGAGCGUGCCGCCUCCCGCUCUGCUCCCUUCCUGGAGAAUCUGGGAAUGGGCCUGAUCAGCAGCUGCAACGCUCACCUCCGGAAUUCCAGUAGCUGCAACAUGAGAAAGCCUGAGAGUGACCAGGACAAUAACAUAGACCGGUCCUGUGGUCGGGAGUAGGUAGCUAAACAGGAAAAAAUAAAUAAAAAAGAGAAAAGUCCCAAUUCACACUGAAAAUUCUUUAAAAGCCUUUAAAAACCCAAAGUGGAGAACUUAAGAAUUUGGAUUGUUUUAUAAGUAUAUUACUUAGGUUCAGCUUUGAAACCCUGGGCAGGAGGAGCUGUGCAUCUUGUACGCCAUGCAAUGCAGGUUGAUCUCUAAACACAUCAGGACAGCAGGAAGUGCACAAGACCCCUGUACUGUCGCCCAGCAGAUAAGAUCCUUUGGUUUCUUAUCCUUUCAGUCUGCCUGAGUCAAGGGCUUCCUGGAUAACUGACACUUUGGACAUAACUGAUGGUCAGGCCUUUAUCUUUGGGCCUCAGUGGGACUGCUCCUCUGAUCUCUGAGCCUUUGAUUUGGGCUUCUCCAAGACAAAAUGAAAGUCAGGUGUAAGAUCUGGAUACUAACAAUUCCAGUUUGGGAAAAUGGAGAAAAGGAAUUUCCUGCCGAGUCUGGUAGGGGAAGCUGUGGUCCUGGUUCCAACAAGAAGAAAAAGUGAAAGCCACCAGUUUCCCAAGGGUCCAGCACUUACAAUGACUUCAACGGACUUGGGGACAAGGGCUAGCCUUUUGCUGAAUGGAGCCCUCUUUCCGGCACCCAUCUGGUGGUAUAGGCUUAGCAAAAUGGACACAUUGGUUAUCCAGGCAGGUUGAGGAUUUGGUUAUGGUCCCUUGGGGAGGUAGCAGGGGCCUCUGCAACUAUGCACGAUCGCUCAAACCGCAAGAUUCAUAUCUGGAUAUAUUACUCUGUGGACAACAGUCUGGUGGGGCAGUCAUUUUCCUACUCUGAGUUAUAAUUACAAAGUCCAUGGGUCUGACUUGGUCAUUAUGACAGAUCACUACCUGCCUUCUACCCUAGGGACAGGCCUCAAAUAUAAAGAAGCAUGGUGGCUGUGCAGGAGACUGUGGUUUGAAAGCUGAGCCCAGAGGGGACCUCUUCUAGAAGCCCUGAAUAAUGUGAAUGGGUGAGUGUUAGGAGCCGAGGAGCAGGACUGGGUUUUCUCCCAUCUGCCUGUGCAAUGUCCUAUUGAAUGCCACUGCUCCUUGGGUUGUACAGUCACAGAGCUCUGCUAUGGUGAACCUGUAGACUGUCACCACCUUCUUUGCCCCUCACAAGGGGCAGCCCUUUCCACUUGGUCCUCUUUGGACCUUAAUUAUAGAAGCUAUUGUUUGUUGUUGAAAGUAAAGGAAGGGUCCCCAGAAAUCUCUUGGCUUCAAGGAAUGGGAUAGAAGAGAUUGGAAAGUGUGAGCCGGUAUCAGAACUACCCUCCACUUAGUUCUGAUUGAGGGUUUAUGAAUUGUAGAGGGCUGGGAGCCCCAAGGUGAGCAGGAACGGUGCUGCUUUAUUUGAAAUGUUUUCUUACCUCAUUCUGUGUCCAGUAAGGGUCCCAGCCUCAUCUGUCUGGCUUGGCCCUGUGUUCCUCCUGUUACCUGCUCCACUACCUAUCUGGUGCGGCUCAUGACUCCAGGUGCUGCCUGCCACUCUGCUUUCACGGUGACCAGUUUCAUUUCAUCUCUUGAUGUUCCUGCUUCUGAAGCCUGUCCAGUUUCCUUUUCCUUAGCUUCUUUUGUUUUUUUCCUAGCUUUUAUGGGAGACUCAGAAGAAUCUUUCUUGUGGCUCCCUCUGAUGGGAUUAGGAUGGGAAGAAAACCUAAUUGUAAAUGAAAGGCAAUGUGAUUCCUAAGCCUUUCUUGGAUAGGACUGCCUUGCUAAUAUGCCUUCCUGUUGUGUCUUACUUUACGAGGAGCUGUAUCUUCCCACUUCCACUUGGAUAUUGCUUCUUAGGACCUAAGCAGAAGAGCAGAAAGGCUAGAGACACAUACAUGGGUGGAGUGGGUCCUGACCCUAUUUCUCUGACACUGGCUGUGCAUGUAUCCUUCCUUAUUCCAGAAGAAAUAAUUUGGACUCUAUGGACUGAUUUGGGUUACAUACUCUAGAAGAUUCAGGAAAUCAUAGUAAUAGGGCCUCAAGACUGGUGAUUACUGCAUUCCUCCCAUAGAGUUGUCCUGGUCAGGAUAGUGGCCUAGUUACAGAUUUGUCUUAAGUCUAAGAAUUGUGAUUACUUUUUAAGAAGUCAAACCUUGACAAGAGCUAAAAUAACUGGGUAAUCAGCCCUUGGCUUUUUAUAGAUAAUUCCUUCUAAGGGAAUAUAGAGGUAAAGGAGGGUGUAAGUGAGAUUCUGGCCUACUUCCAGAUAAUGUCUGGGAAACAAGUGGAGGGUAAGGCCAUGGUCUACUCUUCCUUCAGAGGCGGAGCUCAGAUUGUGGCAUUACCAUUUUCUUUCUGGCCUUUUCUCCUGGUUAGAGGAGGAAGUGGGAAGUUCAUAUUAUCUGUCACUCUUGUUUUUUGUGUUCUGUCCCCCACUAUUAGGGCAGUAGCCCCCUGCCCUGGAUGGCUAUAAGGUGGGCUGGAACAAACUAACUCCUUAUGUUUUGGUGGAGAUAAUGCUCCCUACCAUAGUUGACAUUGGUUAGAAACUCUCCCUUUCCCUACUUAUCUUCCCUUUAACAGCAAAAUUCCUAUCCUUUCCUCCUCAAUUAAAUGUAUUGAUCACCCUGUAAUUCUAUUAUGUAUCUGUGUGUGUGUGUGUGUAUGGGGGUAAAGGGGUUCUCUACAAAUUUUUUGUGGUUUGUGGCUUAUUCUUCCAACAUUAGUUCCUAUCACCGCAUGCACAGGGGCCAUUGCCUAGCAUUAUCGCAUGCUGGGAUCAUUGGGGAAGUGUAGUGAAACUCACCCCUGUCCUUCGUUUUGGAGAGUCUUAUUUUUGCAUAAGUAGUCCGUCCUAUGCAGAUUGCUAACUGUGUAUGCCCUUUGCCCCUAUGGCUGCUGGUGUAUAUAAACUGCAUCUCCCCCCUUGGUAAACAGUAAUAAUAAAAUUUUAAAAAAUGA